UCGUACCGCGUAAAGUUGCAAGCUAGUUAGAAGACCGACCGAGCAAGAUCUCUGUCUUCAACUGUGCAACCGGAGUUUCCCGCAAUAUGGAGAAGAUCGGAAUGAUGGUCGGAGAAUUGAUGGUAUCCUACGUCUUCAAUAGACUGGCUGACAUGGUUUCGGUGCGUUUGGAGGAGCGGUACGGUCUAUUCACGGGUGUUAAGCCUGUGGUGGAGGAUGUGGCGGCGAGACUUUCUCGUAUCCGAGAAGUGAUCCAAGCAGCGGAGGGAAGGCCGAUCAGGGACCCAGCUCUGGCCACAUGGCUGAGGGAACUCAAAGAUGCUGCCUACGAAGCCGACGAUGUGCUGGAUGAGCAUGAAUUCAAAGAGCUUCAUCAGAAGCUGUUCAACAAGAGAAAGGUGAGUGACUUUGUACCCUCUCUUGUUAAGUUUCUCGAGCAUUUGAUAAUGUCCGACGAUGACCUGGAAAAGUUGAGGAAUCUUGUGGGAAAUCUUGACAAGAUUUAUACUAAUAUCAAUUACAUGGAAGAACAAUUGAAGCAUUACAGCUCAAACCAGAGAAGUGUGACCAGAGAGACCAGCUCGAUUAUCGAUGUCCUUGUGUUUGGGAGAGACAAAGAGAGAGACAUGAUAUUAGAUAAGUUGCAUUUAGUUGAUGGACCAGAAUCUCGCAAGACAUUUGAGGCUGGGAGUAGUAGCAAUCCGAGUCCUGCUGUUCUUCCGAGUCUUGGUGUUCUUCCUAUAGUAGGCGUUGGGGGUGUUGGCAAGACUACUCUGGCUCAAAUUAUCUAUAACGAUAAAAGAGUAGCAAGGCAUUUUGAGAUGAGGAAGUGGGUCUAUGUGUCUGACGAUUUUGAUGUCAAGCGGAUUUCCAAGGAGCUGGUAUAUGACUCGAUAGACCACCUAACCUCCACUCAUAUUAGUAUGGAUCAUAUUCUAGGGAGACUUAAAGAUGCUACGACGAACCAGAGGUUUUUGUUUGUCCUUGAUGACGUGUGGGAUGAGACUGGUAGCAAGUGGGAAAAACUCCGUAGUGCCUUGACAUCCGGAGCAAAAGGAAGCAUGGUUCUGGUGACAACUCAAAGUCCGGUUGUAGCAAAAGUAAUGGGCACAAUGGACCCGAUAAAGUUGAACUGUCUACAGGAAGAUGACUACUGGAGACUUUUUGAACAUUGUGCAUUUGGUGACCAAAUUCUUGAGGAAGAGGGAAGGGAAAAAUUGCAAGCAAUAGGAAGGAAAAUAUCUGAAAAACUGCACGGUUUACCUCUAGCUGGAAGGGUACUGGGAAGUUUAUUGAAGACCAAAUUAGAUGAGGAUCACUGGAAGAUGAUCUUAGAAAGUGAGUGGUGGGAACAUGAAUAUGUUUUAGAUAAUAUCCUUCCAUCUCUGGCUUUAAGUUAUGAACACUUGAAUGCAAAUCUGAAGCAAUGCUUCACUUAUUGUUCCAUAUUUCCCAAGAGCUAUAUGUUUGAAAAAGAUCAGUUAGUCGAGAUGUGGAUGGCUCAAGGCUUUGUCCAGAGCAAGAAUCAGGAAAGAAUGAGGAUGGAGGACAUUGGGAGACAGAUAUUUAACGAAUUAACUAGCCGGUACUUCUUUCUACCUACUCAGACUGGCAAGUAUGUGAUGCAUGAUCUGAUAAGAGAAGUCGCAGUUUCUGUUUCAUUAGAUGAAUGUUUGGUUAUUAGUGACGAGAAAGCAGAAAUUCCCGCAACAAUUCGCCACUUGACUCUGAGGACUUCUAACACGAAUGCAUUUAGCGAGAUGUGUAAACCUCAAAAUCGACGGUCCAUUUUAUUCUUUGCUGAUUAUGGUUCUAAAAAAUCAUACAACGACAUGUUAGAGAAAUCAAAAAGCCUGCGUGUUUUGGAUUUAUCUUGCAGUCAGAUGAAGCUGAGGAAGCUACCAAAGGCUAUCAGUAGGUUGUCACAUCUACGGUACUUAGAUAUCUCCCACACCAUGAUCCAAGAGCUGCCAAAUUCAUUUGGUGAGCUUUGCCAUCUGCAAGUUCUGAACAUACGAUCCUGCUACAUCACAAGUUUUCCAAAAAGCAUGAACAAAUUAAUCAACUUGCGCCAUUUAUAUGGAGAUGUGGACACGAUUUCAAAAAUUAUUGGGAUUGGAGAUCUUAUCAAUCUUCAAGAAUUAGAGGAAUUCCGAGUCAAAAAGGAGCAGGGACAUGAGAUUCGAGAGUUGGAGCGCUUGAAAAAUCUUCGGAGACAGCUUUGCAUCAAGAAUCUCGAGAAUGUUGAGAGUGAGAAGGAGGCCAUGAAGGCGAUGCUGAAAGACAAAGAGCACCUAACCAUAUUGCAUUUAGAAUGGAACUCUGAUGCAGGAAGUCUUCCUGAAGUGGAGAAGGAGAUAUUUGAAGGACUCCAACCACAUCCCAAUAUUGAAGAGCUGGAGAUCAAGCGCUACGGGGGUAUCAGAUUUCCAACUUGGAUGGUGGAAAAUAAGUUUCUAACCAAUCUAGAAUUGAUUGGUCUAGAAUCUUGUGGCAGGUUGGAGAGUAUCCCGCCACUAGGGCAGCUGCCUUCCCUCAAGGAUCUUCAUAUUGAAUACAUGCCUGCCAUAAGAAAAAUUGGUCCUGAAUUUUAUGGUGACAGUGGUGUGGCAUUUCCAUCCCUGGAGGUACUAAUAUUUAAUGUCUUCAAUGAAUGGGAGGAGUGGUUGGGAGCAGAUGGCACACAAAUUUUGCCUCGCCUCCGUAACCUCUUCCUCCAUGAUUGCAUUAAGCUAAGGAAAGUACCUCUCCUCUUCCUGUCCUCAUCGCUGGUAGAGCUCGAUAUCAAAGACUGUUGUGACUUCGGCAGUGCACUGCCCGGAUGUCUGCAAGGUCUCACCUCUCUCAUCAAUCUAAGAAUCAUUCGUUACGCCGCCCAAGUGUCUCUUUGCUUAUCAAAUUUGCACGCUCUCAGACAUUUGCACCUUGAGGAUUGCCCAGAGAUGAAGUUAGUUGGUGGGUUACAGUUCCUUACUGCUCUUGAAUUACUGCAUCUUACAGGAUGUCCUAAGCUCAUCGACUCCUCGGAGCGUGGGCAGCUGCACGAACAGCAAGGACCGCGAACUCUCAAUCGUCUCAACAUGGACGACACAAUCCUACUUCAACAUCUGUGGAUUCUGUUGGGAAGCCUCCACUCGCUACAGCAUUUGUGGAUUCAUCCUGGUCAUCGUAUGACGAACUUUACAGAGGGACAUGAGCUGUGGUUCCGGCAGCUGACAUCCCUUCAAAUCCUGGAUAUUGAAGACAGCCGAAGCCUUGAAAGCCUUCCUACUUCUUUGGUAAAUUUUUCCACUAUCAGGACGCUGACUAUGCGCACCUGCCCCAACGUUAGCUCAUUGCCAGAGAAUGACUUGCCUACUUCGCUCAAAGAAUUACAUAUCAUGGGAUGCCCUUUGUUGAAGGACCGAUGCCUGAGAGGAGGAGCUGAUUGGCUAAAAAUUGCUCACAUACCUUUCAUAUGUAUUGAUGGCGAAAAAAUACAACAACCAUGAAAAGAGAAUUUGAUGCCACUCCUACAUCCAUUCUUCAGGUUCCUUUCGUCAGUCACUUUCAAUCCCUGCCUGGCCAACUUGGGGUCUGCAGAUCUUUCACUAGGUCCCCUUGUGGAUCUUCUUUCUAUUUGGGAACUUGACAGCAAAUGAAUUCUUUCCAUGGAAGCCGAGCCCUCCAUGCAAGUCGAGACUUAUCUGAAUCCACCAUAGUUGUUUCAAACUGUCCCUUGUCAAUGCAUCUGCCUCUGAAGAAGCCACAGCUGAGUGCAGCAUAUUCAAUUUCGCAUCGUAUAUUUGGAGCUGCUGGAGCCUCCUAUAUCCUGUUUAUCCUGUUAAUUCAUGCUGCUAUGAAGUUUAGCCUUUUGUAUGAUAUGUGAAAGCCAAUUUCUGUAGUUGCUUCUGAGAGUGCUUUUUCAAGAUCUGCAAAACCAAAUAUCUGGAUCUCUUUGCAGAUGAUAAACCUAGAGUAUGGCAUUCAUACUGGCGUAGGUUCAUGUUUUAUUUGCAAAUAACCAUCCAGAAUAAACAGGAACGUACUGCUAAGGAUAUCAUUUUUCUAAUUGUUUUUUACUUUGGCUAUUUAUGUUUA